AAAAUAUCUUCUUAUUUGGACAUUUUCAGUUCUCGGCACUGUUCUCUCUCCUCCCGGAGCAAAACGCAGCGUUUCAACCCUCCAGAGCUCCGCCGCCGCCGAUCACCAGAGAAAGGGAACAAUGGCGAGUUCUAGUUCCCCCAAUUCUUCUGUCCGUGUCAUCAAGAAAUAUGCAGUGGAGGGUCUUAAGGACAAGGCCUUGAAAGAACACUUGAACAUGAUUCGGGACAAAGACUCCCUUCACAAAUAUGGGGCAAAGCUGUACAAAUCUAUAGCAAAAUUCGCCAUCGUUGAUGAAGCCCUAGAGCAGCUAAUUAAGGUUCACUCUGAGCCGCCCACCCGCACUAUGGUCAUUGGGAACAAUCAAGUAAUGUCAUACACUUGUUCUCGCAAUUCUUCUGCUGAUGACCUCAAGAAACAUGCAAUGGAGGUUUUCAAGGAUGCGACCAAAGAUUGUGAGGACAAGGACAUCAAAGAAAAAUUUGACAUGAUUCAGGACUACAGUUCCCUUGAGAAAUCUGCGUUUAUGUUCUUCAAUUCUAUGGUGAAUUCCGGCUUCCUUGACGAAGCUGAAGAGCUCCUUAAGAAGGCCAUACUGCCUGUUGUGGCGGUCCACACCUAUGUCAUUGGGGUUGGGGUCGCUUCCGGCAAUACCAAUGCUGCUCUCAAGGCCUUUCAGCACAUGUCAGCCUCUGGGUUGCUCCAAACUCCUAUACUUAUGCAGUUUUGA